AUGCUAGUCGGAAGCUCGAUCGGCAAUAACAGCGAAUACCUGCGCAACACCUCCAUCUAUUCAACCCGCAUAUUCGCCGCUGGUUGUGCAGUGCAAGCCUGCCCUUCAUUCACACGACCCUUUCUAGGAAGGCUCCUGCGAAUCUUCACCAACCGAUAUGGCUCGAAGCUCAAAUGCAAUAUAAUCCCAGCUUACCAGGCUAUUACGCAAAACAUAGCUGAUAAAUCGUCGUCAUUGGAUGCAGAGCUCGAGACCACAUAUUUACGUUAUUUCUUAGAAGGUUACAGUAGCUCCUCUCGGAGCAACCAAGCGUCGCUGGAUACAGUUGUGACUUCGAUCCUCGGCCUCAACGGUGCAGCGCAAGAGCAACUGAAGGUGGCCAUCCCCGCAUUGAUUCUCAAUCUGCUCUCAGCAGAUGCCAGUGCCAACAUAGUACAACUACUGCUAGACGAGGUACGAACCGCUGUAUCCAGUUCCAAAAACACCGACAUUGCAUCCGCAGUCUUUACAGCAGACCGCCUACCCGUACUCGACAGCUGCCUCCGCGAAACACUCCGAUUACACGGUCUGGACCUCCUCACCAUGAAAAGAAGACUAAUGGCAGACAUCAAAUUCGACGACACACUAACACUACCAAAAGGAUGUCCCAUCGCAAUCGCAUCCUACACCGUCCACCGCGAUGAAACGCACUAUCCCAACGCAGAAAUAUUCGACCCCUUUCGAUUCUGCGAGAAGAUACCGAACUCAAAUUCCUACAAGAGCACACGCCCAUCCUACGAGCCAGACGAGCACUACCUCGUCUUCGGAAUCGGCCACCACGUAAGUCAUCUUUAUGUCGUCCUAACGCCCGGUAUAGUCUGCUAA